UGCAGGGCUGAGACUGGGGGAGCGGCCAGGCUGCUGCUGCUGCUGAGUGGAACGUAGCAGUCAGAAUAGCAGCUGUAUCAGUACGAUCAGGACUGUAAUACAUUGUGCCCUGUGGAAAGGGCUGUAAGAUAAGCGGACUGAUAGAGAGGAAGUGCUGCAUUGCAUCACUUGGAGUCAGAGAAGACAGAUAUCAUGUUGACAGGAGUGCGGUGCUCACGGGAAUAGAUCACCCCAGAGAUGUCUACAGUAACAGAAAAUGGAAGUUCUACAAGCGACAAACCAAAUGGAGAGAAAACAUAUAAAAAAACUACGUCAUCAGCGAUUAAAGGAACCAUUCAGCUGGGAAUAGGCUACACCGUGGGUAAUCUUACAUCCAAGCCAGAUAGAGAUGUUCUUAUGCAAGACUUUUACGUAGUUGAGAGUGUAUUUUUACCAAGUGAAGGAAGCAACCUAACUCCAGCACAUCACUAUCCAGACUUCAGGUUCAAGACCUAUGCUCCUCUAGCUUUCAGAUACUUUCGAGAACUUUUUGGUAUCAAGCCAGAUGACUACUUGUAUUCACUCUGCAGUGAGCCCUUGAUAGAACUGUCCAACCCUGGUGCAAGUGGCUCCAUAUUUUUUGUUACAAGCGAUGAUGAAUUUAUCAUCAAAACUGUUCAGCACAAAGAAGCAGAGUUUCUACAGAAGCUUCUCCCAGGGUACUAUAUGAAUUUAAAUCAAAAUCCCAGGACACUUUUACCAAAAUUCUAUGGACUUUACUGUGUUCAAUCCGGUGGAAUAAACAUAAGAAUUGUUGUAAUGAACAAUGUUUUGCCACGAUCAGUGAGGAUGAAUUAUAAAUAUGACCUGAAAGGUUCAACAUACAAGCGCAGGGCCUCAAGAAAAGAAAGGGAAAAAUCCUCCCCGACAUACAAGGACCUGGAUUUCUUGCAAGAUACGCCUGAGGGAUUAUAUUUUGAUCCCGAAACAUAUAGUGCAUUGAUGAAAACACUGCAGAGGGAUUGUCGAGUACUGGAAAGCUUCAAAAUCAUGGAUUAUAGCCUGUUGCUCGGUGUCCAUGUACUUGGUUCUACAAGUAAAGAAAAGGAAGGAGAAAGUUCACACUACUCCAUUGACAACAAAAGACCAUCAGUACAAAAAGUUCUGUAUUCUACUGCCCUGGAGUCCAUACAGGGACCAGGGAAGGAUGUAGACUCUUUUAUUAAGGAAAGCACAAUGGGAGGCAUUCCAGCCAAGAACCACAGGGGAGAGAGGAUGCUGCUUUUUAUGGGGAUCAUUGAUAUCCUCCAGUCUUACAGGUUAAUGAAGAAGUUAGAACAUUCGUGGAAAGCCCUGGUUUAUGAUGGGGACUCAGUGUCUGUACACAGACCAAGUUUUUAUGCCGACAGGUUUCUGAAAUUUAUGAACGCAAGGGUUUUCAAAAAAGUCCAAGCUUUAAAAACGUCACCAUCCAAAAAGAGGUGCAAUUCAAUUCCUGCACUUAAGUCCUCUUCACAGGAAAUACUUUCAUCCAACAGUCAGGAUUGGAUGGAGGAAAAGAAUAAAAGACUUACCGAGGGGCCAAGUUUUACAAGUCUUGAUGAAGAAGCAUUAAAUUCCAGGCACCGGCCUGACCUCGUCCCAAGUACCCCAUCCUUAUUUGAAGCUGCUUCAUUAGCAACAUCAGUAUCCUCUUCAUCUUUGUAUGUGGAUGAUAAGUAUCACAACGAAGACACAAUAGGGUAUUCUAGCAGAAUGGGCCUGCCUUCAAGUUCAACCUUCACUCUAGAAGACAGUGCCUAUCAAACGUCUGAACAGAGCACCCUUGAAUGGGAUAAUGACAAUGCCUCGGUAUUUGACAUCUAUCUCUAAAGUGCCCUGAAAGCUGUGAAAUGAAGGAGUAAUGCUAAGAAGCCUGUGUCUCCACUGAGAGUGAAGCCUGGUCUGCUCUAAAGUCCCAUUGUGUGAAACUGUCCUUGACUUGAAAGAGAGAACUAUACCAUGACCUUGAGCCUCUGGCCUUGGCAUACCUUGCAGAUAGCACAUGAACUGGGGAACACGUUUCGGCCCAUUCCUGGAACUGAGAAGGAUUAUUAUAAUAUGAAAGUUCUUUGCUUCCGUUACUGCAACUCACUCGACUCCCUGGAUAAGAGCUCCGCCCCCAGGAUGCUUCUCCAUUUGCAUGUUCCUUCUGAUACUGCCACAAGCAACACCUGUGAUUUGUCCACCUGCCCAAAGCAAGCAGCUCCGCCUGGAACACUGUAAUUGCAAUGUCGGUGAAAUAAUAAUCACUAAAAUCUGUCUCGUUGGGUUGUAAAAUGAUUCCAUGCAACACAUUCGCAUCCACGUGCACAUUCCGUAUGGGGCGAGCGCUUCUUUCAAGAUCUUUUCAACGUUUACUAGAUGAGCUGAAGCAAAUGUGCUAUUUAUAACUAAGCCUUAUGUUGUGUACAUAUCUGGUCUUUGAGAUAUUGUGAUCUAGUUUGCUUGUAAAAGAGAAAUGAUAUAAUUUAUUUAGAGUAAAAUAUCUGUAUACUAUAGUUUUAUUGAUAAAGGAAAUAAAAUAAAAUAUUUUGUGCUCAGUA